GCAGGUGUGCUCCAACGACAGCUCUCGAUCAGGCGCACGACGCAGUUUAUCACUGCUGACUGCUCUGCAAAUAAUGGCGGCUGCUAGACUGGCAAUGUUGUGUUUUCGUUCGCUCAUACGUUUUUCCGACCGUGAGCUCGUUCGUUGAAUCGUCGAAUCAUCGGAUAAUCAACCAAGCUUCCUUUUAACGACCGACUGCCACCGAUCGCCACGAUGAGUUCCACUACUGCUUUGGAUGACCCAGCUGCCGAAAAAGAUGAUUCCUCUUCCUUACAAAGUCCAGAUGCACUGAAAACUUUUCGUGAAGAAUGGAAAAGAGAAUUACAAUCAUCGCCGAAACAUGUUCAAAAUCAAAAAAGUCAGUCUCACGAUUCGGUUCAAAAAGACGAAGAUAUUCACGAAAAAUUGCAAGAUCUUUUAGAAGACACUGCAAAAGAAGCUCAAGCUAAGAAGUUAUUCUUAUUAGGAGUCGAACAUGAAAGAACUGGAAAACUUUAUGAAGCCAUACAAUUUUAUCGUAGAGCAGUACAAUUGGUACCAGAUAUAGAAUUUCGCAUAUAUGAAUCCACAAAACCUAAACCUAGAGAAGAAAUUGAGCCAGAAAAGCAGGUAUCUUCUGAAAUAAUAAAAUGUGAUAGAAAAUCAUUGGAAACACAAGAUGAUAGUAAUAUUUUUGAAAAAUUUUCUAAUGACGUUGAAAAAACUGGUCAGGUGUGCCUUUUAAAUAAUGAACAAGAGAUGGUUCACAUCUCAGCCCUUCCUAUAGAAAUAAUUUUGUACAUUUUUCGAUGGAUUGUUUCUAGAGAACUAGAUUUUAGAAGUUUAGAGAAAGUUUCACAAGUUUGCAAGGGUUUUUAUGUUUUUUCUAGAGAUGUAGAGAUAUGGAGGAUGGCAUGCAUUAGAGUCUGGGGAGUAAAAUGUGGCCACUUUGAACCAGAUUACCACUCAUGGCGACACAUGUAUAUGCAGCGUCCAAGACUGCAGUACAAUGGUUGUUAUGUUAGUAAAACAACUUACCUAAGACCUGGGGAAAAUAGUUUUCAAGAUCAAUUUUAUAGGCCGUGGCAUGUUGUGGAAUAUUACAGAUACUUGAGAUUUUUUCCGGAGGGGAAAGUAUUAAUGUUAACAUCGACUGAAGAACCGCAAUCAUGUGUGAAUUCUUUAAAAAGUCGCAAUCCUCGAAAUCCUUCUGUGUUAAUAGGUCACUAUAGACUGCAUGAAAAUCGAGUAACUCUGGUAAUGAAACGACAAGGGACCAAAAAUGAUUCGAAUGUUGUUUACUCAAAUCGACGACGUAAACGUAAUGAAAUAGCACAUGAUAGUGGUGUACAAACAUUUUAUUUGGAAUUUGAAAUUCAAACUUAUCGGAAGCGAGUCAAUUUUCAACUUUCGUGGUUGAGUUAUUCGAUUUAUACAAAGUAUAAAAAUGGCGAUGAAAUUCCAGCAAAAAUGAAUCUUGGCGGCAGGUAUCCGUCAUUCCGAUUUGGCCGUGUUAAAUGCUACACCCAUGAUAGCGAAUUUCCAUUGGAAUAGCUUUGAAAUUGCGUUCGAGUGUUCGAUUUAUGCGCUCAAGUGUAAAUAAAUUCAUAGAUCAAAGUGUAAAUAUUUAAAAAGUUCAGUUUAUACGCUUGAUAUAAUUUAUUUUACUUGUUCUCGAUUUAUCUUCAUAUCAUAUGAGUGUUGAGUGAAUUUUUGAAAAAUUUACGUAAAGUGCAUAGACAUCUAUAUUUGUUAUUAUUUUUUUGGGAUUUUUACAUGUGAUGUGAAAUAAAUAAUGCCAUGAAUUUUGGAACGGUG